CGACUGGCAGAGCCACUAACAUUUGGGUACUAACGCGAGAAUGGUGUAGUCACCCGGAAAUGCGUCAAUGCCCCGGAUGUAAUGGGUUGCUAGAAUGGGCUGUGUUAGCGGUUAGCAUAUAUGAUUAAUAUAACAAUAGAACAAAGUUAUAUUUUGCUGGAUUAACCGUACAAUUUUUACAAAUAAAAAUCAAAAUUUAUGAGGUAAAUAUGUGUGGAAUGAGGUACCGUAAUAGUUACAGAGAGUAACUACAAGAUAAGCAGGCUCUACAAACAAUCGUAGCUGACAACAAGCUAAGAAGAGGCUAAAGUUGGUUUUCGUUCUUUAGAAAUUAUAACUAUGAGUCUGGCAGGUAGUCGCGAACCCAGAAAGACGGCGGGUAACCGCAUGUCUAAAUUACUGGAUGCGGAAGAAGAGGACGAAUUCUACAAAACUACUUACGGAGGUUUUAACGAUGAAUCAGGAGACGACGAAUAUCACGGAGAACAUUCAGACACAGAGGAUGAGGUCGACAGCGACUUUGAUAUCGAUGAGGGCGAUGAGCCGGACAGUGACCAGGAGGAAGAUGCUCCUCGCAGAAAAAGUCGGGUUGUGACUAAAGCUUACAAGGAACCCAUAAAGGUGGCAAAACCCAAACCUAAAAGGCCGAGUGAGGAACAGAAGAAGACAGAGAAAACCAGAGUGGAGCUCAAAAGGAGAAUUCCACAAGAGUUCCAAGAUUUUGGUGAGACUCGCAAGUCUGUGCGUCAGUCCACCAGUGAACACACACGGAAGACCAAUCUGCGCCUACAGGAGCGCCAGGAUGCCCCGAGGAGGAGGAGGGGGGCUCACCGCGACCGGCCUCUGACCCAGGAAGAACUUCUGGCCGAGGCCAAAAUAACAGCCGAGAUCAACAUCCGAUCUCUGGAAAACUAUGAACGUCUGGAAGCAGACAAGAAGAAACAAGUUCACAAGAAGCGGCGUUUUGAGGGCCCAACGAUCCGGUACCACUCAGUCCUGAUGCCCCUCGUCUCCCACUCCGUCCUCAAAGAAGAAAAUGUAGACGUCGAAGGGCUGGAUCAGGACGUUCCUCAGACUGCCCCACAAAACCCGGCGGCGGCGGCGGCCGCCCAGCAGCCCGCCGCCGGCCUGUGCUCCCGGACUUACAUAACCUUCAGCGACGACGAGGCCUUCGAGGCGGCCUUCCCCCCCGCCUCCCAGCCCGCCGCCCAGCUGCCCGUCCAGGAGGUCUGCCCCGUCACGCACAAGGCCGCGCUGUACCGGGACCCGGUCACCGACAUACCCUACGCCAACGCGCGGGCCUUCCGCAUCAUCCGAGAGGCCUACCGCAAAUACGUGGCGGCCCACGGGUUCCCCAACACCUCCGGGGGAGCGGGAGCCGACGCGGCCGCCAUUAAAGGGGCCCGCCAGAAAAUGCUGGUGAAGCAGAGCGCCGUCUCCACGUAGAUUGCCGCUCCUCAGAC